AUGGCCAAUCAAGAAGAGAACAAUCAGGUAGAGAACAAGCUGUUGAGAGACUAUGCUGCGCCAAGUGCUAGAGGCCUGAGAUCUAGUAUUAGAAGGCCUCCAAUUGAAGCAAAUAACUUUGAACUGAAGCCUGCUUUACUGAAUAUGAUCCAACAACAUCAGUUUGGAGGAGCACCUACGGAGGAUCCAAAUCUUCAUAUGGAAGUGUUUCUGGAAUUCUGUGAAACUCUUAAAUAUAAUGGAGCCUCUGCAGAUGCGAUCAGAUUGCGACUUUUCCCUUUCUCUUUAAGGGACAAAGCACGAGCUUGGUUACAUUCGCUUCCAUCGGACUGUAUCACAACAUGGGAGCAACUCGAGCAGAAAUUUUUAGAUAAGUAUUUUCCACCAAGCAAGACUGCUUCACUCCGUCACCAAAUCACAAAUUUUACGCAAAAAGAUGGAGAAUCUCUUUUUGAAGCUUGGGACCGAUUUAAAGGACUACUGCAGCAAUGCCCACAUCACGGACUGGAGAAAUGGCUCGUAAUCCAUACCUUUUAUAACGGAAUUUCCUACUCUACUAAAGUCUCUUUAGACUCUGCUGCAGGUGGUGCGCUCAUGAACAAAACCUUAGAGGAGGCAUUCGAUAUUAUCGAAAGUGUGGCAUUGAAUCAUCACCAAUGGGCGAUAGAGAGAGAGAAUCCUGUUCGAUUGGCAGGUAAGUAUGAGGUGAGCGCUUUAGAUAGUCUUGCGGCAAAGGUUGAUGCAUUAACCUAUAAAUUUGAAAAUUUUAAUGUUAAUGCUGUUUCUAGUAUCAUCUGUGAGAUUUGUGGAGUGACAGGACAUUCAGCUAUGAAUUGCCAAAUAAUGGUCACGCAACCUACCGGAGCGCAGGUAGAACAAGUUGAUGCGAUAAAUAACUAUGCUCAAAAGCCAAACAACAAUCCGUAUUCAAAUACCUACAAUCCAGGAUGGAGAAAUCAUCCAAAUUUUUCCUACAGAAAUAAUCAAAAUCAAUCCGGGCAGAAUAAUUAUGGAGCGUCUGGAGGAUUUCAGCAAGAGAAGAAGUCUAACUUGGAAGUUAUGAUGGAAAACUUCAUUGCUACCCAAUCGAAACAAAAUGAUGAAUAUCGACAACACAUGGUGGAAUCUAAUCGGAAGCAUUCAGAGACAGCCGAAGCAAUCUCUUAA